ACUACUGUUGCUAUUACAAGAAUUCUUAUAACAGCAAUGUUAUAGGUAUUAGAAAUAAAAUAUUACUAAAAAACCAAAGGGAACAAAGUAAAAAAGUAUUAAAUAAAAAAAUCGCAAUAACAGCAGUGAUAAAAUUACAAUGUUUGUAAUAAUUUACCAUUAUAAAUUAUCAUUAUGUUCAGUAAAAUUAUUCAGAAAUGUUAUUGGUAGUUUAUAGGAUGUAAAAAAGUGGGUAAUAAUGUAUUUUCUAAUGUUAAAAGUUCGUAUAAAAACUAAAAGGUAACUAAAAAAUACCUUAAAUCCCAAUAAAAACAAAUUAAAUAAAAAAAAUUUGAAAUUCUACAUGUGUAUGUGUGUUAAAAUUUCAUGCCAUUUAUAACAAAAAAAAAUGAAAAAUUAAUUUAAACCUUAAAUAAAAUCUAUAGAACAAAGUAAUCAAAGAUUGAAAAGUUAUAAGGUAUAUAAAGUUUUAUAAAUAUAGGAAAUUUCUAUAGUGUUCGCACAAAUUCUUAUAUUUAAUAAAUAAAUUAUAUUGUCGCGCAUGUUGCAUGUUCAUUAAUCAAAAAUUGAACAGGCGGGAAAAAUAAUUUUACAUUAGUCGGUUUUAUAAUAAUUUCAUCCCCAAAUGUUGUACCAAUUCUUUAAAUAUAUAUUGCAUAAAUUGUUAUUAUAAAAAUAUAAAUUUUUUGGAAGCGUAGGCGACGAUCUCUAGGAAAAUAAAAAAAAAAUAUACCUACAUAAACAUAAUUAAAGAUAAUUUAUGUGCAUAUAAAUAUAAGAUGUGUAUUUGAAAUUUCUAAAACUUUAUGAAUGGUGUCGUAUAAUCAAAUCAUUGGAAAAUUUUAGGAUCAAUUUGUACAGGAAAAUUUUGCUGAAGGGAAAAGCCAGGAGUCUAUAUAAUACAUAUUAUUAUGAAUUAGAAGUAUUCCAAAUACAUAAGAAAAAUAAUAAUAAUAAUAUUUAAUAUAAUAAUAUUGAAUUGCUCCAAAUACGAAAUUUAUAGGUAUAAAAGGACAUAAAAUACAAAAAUUAUAAUAAAAAAUUAAUGAGAAAAUUUAUGUGUGCGUUAUAUGUAUAUUAAACCAUUAUGCAAUAAAUUCAAAUGUAAGUAACCUUUCAACUCUAAGAGAUAAUUUCACUACUAAGCAAUAUUGUCGAGUUGAAUACACUUUAUUCAGGAUUUGAACUUAAAGUAUACUGAAAUAGAUGACCUUAAAGUAUAUAAAAUUGCAAUGAUACAAUAAUGUGUUUUUUUUCUUAAAAAUAGAGCAUAAAUUUAAAAAACGUAAAAUAUUGAAUUAAAUUAAAAAUCGUAGCCUAAAAUAUUACACUAAAAUCAAACAUAUCUGAUAACACCUUUUUUAAAAUAAUAAUAUAAUUUAAAAUAAGUGCCAUUUUUUAAGAACCACACUCAAGAACAAGUAUAUAUUAUAAAAAUCAUAAACAAAAAUCAAAAGGAAAAUUCAAAUAAAGUAAUAAUUAUGCUGGCGUUUGAUAAUAAAAACCGUUCUAACAAAAGAUUAACUUCAACUUUGUCAUCAUUGUUAUUAUUGUUAUUAUAUUAUAAUAUUAUUAACAAAUUUAUUUUAAAAACAAUCGAUUAUGUAGGUAAAAUUUAUAAAAUUUUUCAAUUAAUUAUUUUAAUUUUAAUUAUAAAUCAAAUCACAACUGUGAUAAUUAUUGUUGAAGCCACUGUUUCUAAUACUUCUAAUAUGAUUAAUUUCGAUGGUAAUAUUGAUAAUAAUGAAGUUAUAAAAAUUAAUAAUUACAAUACGAAUGGGGUUAGCGAUAGUGAUAAUACAAAUAAUUUAAUAACAAACGAUAAUAAUAACUAUGGUAACAUGAUGUCACAAUCUCCAUUAUCGUCAUCUACAUCAUCAAAUGAUAUGUUAUUUAUACGUCAUGGUCGUUCAAGAGUACGUCAUUCGAACGAAAAAGAUCAUAUUAGAUGGGGUCUUCAAGCAUUCGAUAAUUUAACAUUAGAUUAUGAUAUUGAUGCAUAUGAUAAUGAUAGUAUAAUUAUUAAUACAGGUAACGGUAAUUUCUUAUUUGGUAGUGAUUUAUGGGCAUUAACUGACAACAAUGGCAGCAACUAUUUUAAUCAAACAUCAUUAUUAUUUAAUACGAAUAUUAAUAAUAUACAAAAAUCACGUGGCUAUCAAUCAUACAAUGAAAAUGGUAAUACUGUAAAUGAAUAUGGCAAUGCAAAUGAAGAUUACAAUAACAAAAUAUUGCAUCAACAACAAAAUUCAAUAAUUCCUACAGUACAAUUACAAUAUUCAAUACCAACACAAUCACCAUCAUUAACAACAACAUUUCCAAAAAAAAAAUUACGCAAAAAGAAAAUUAUGGAAAAUAUUAAGAAAAAUGUUGAUAAAGGUUUAGAAUAUUUAAAAUCACAUAAAGAUUUAGAUGAAGAAAAUUUAAAAUUACCUAUACCAGUUGUAGUUGUUGAAAUAAAGCAAUCAAUACCACAAUCAACAAUGCAGCUACAACAACAAAAAUUAUCAAAAGAUGACAAAUUAAUUUUCAAAAAGCAUUUAAGAUUAAAAAAGAAAAAACAUAAAACAGACAACAAUUAUAAUGUAGAUUUUUACAAAAAAGGAAAUAUUUAUGAAAAUGUCAACGAUAGUAUUGAUAGUGGCAAUGAUGAUGAUGAUGGUGGUGAUUCAAGUUUUGUUAGCAAUGACGACAUCAACAAUAAUAAUAACAACAAUAUUAUUAAAAAUAAAAUUCAUGAUAAUAGUGAUGAUAAUAGCAACGAUUUUCAAAAUGAUAGUCCCACAAGUAAUACUGACAUAAAUAGCGAUAACAGUAAUAGUGAGUUCUCUUUUCAUACUAAUUUGCAAGAAAAAAAUAUGUACACAAAAACAAAUGUAAUGUUUCUUGAAUCCAAUGAAGAACCUAAGUUCAGUGAAAAUGUAAACAGUAAUAGUAACAGUAAUAGUGACAAAAGUAAUAUUAAUAGUAAAAGUACCAUUAAUAGUAGCAAGAAUAAUAAAAAAUUACUCAAUGAUAAUAACAACGACAAUGAUAGAACUUCCCAGAGAAUUGAGCGUAUUAUUAAAGAAAAUGGUGAUGUCAACGAGAAUAAAGAAAUAUCUCAUAGGAUUAUCCAUCAUCCUAAGGAUAAAGAGAACGUCAACUUUGAUGUUUUUGUGGAUUCUUCAAUGGAAUAUCAACAGCAAGAACCUGAACAUCGUGAGUAUAGUAGAAAACAUUCGCAUAAACAAUCAAAUAUAUCACCAUCACACAAUGUAAGGAUCAACAAUGGCAAUGGCAAACAGGGAUUUGAAAGAUCUGAAAAUGUUGAAAAGAAAAAUCAUAAACAAGGGUAUGGAAAACGAAGUCAUAUGAAAGUGAAAGAGGAAAAUAAUAAUUUUUCUUCUUUUAAUUCGUAUGAUGAUGAUCAAAUAAUAAAUAACUCAGCCGGGCAGCAAUAUGCCCAACAACAAAAAAAUGACCAAUAUUAUUUACAAGAACAUAAGAACAAAAAACACUCAAACAAUGAUGAAGUUAGUGCAAUUUAUGAGAAUAAUCCCAAUAGUAAAGAGGAAAUCAUUCAGCAUAAAAAAUUUGAAAAUGGUACCGACAAUAAAACUCACCUGAAUCCAAAUUCCUAUGAAGGUGAAGAAACAAAUCUAACAAUAAUCAAAAGUAAUGUUGAUGAGAUGAAGGAAUCAGAAUUUGAGACAAAUGUAAAAAGUUUUAACAGCAACCAAUUUGAGAGUUCUACCAAUAAUAAUAGAUUAAUUGUAAAGAAUAAUGUUGAUGACUUCUCUAGAUACUUUGAUGACACUGAUAAUUAUAACAAUAAUAAAAACGAAAACAAAGUUAUAAAUACUAAACAGAACCAUGCGGUGUUUAAAGAUUCUGAAGACAAUCACCAUAAAAACGAACAAACACGUCAACAAAAUUAUCAAUUAUCAAAUAAUAAUAAUCAAAAACUAAGCUUGUCUGAUCAGAAUACAAAGUAUAAUUUAAUAAUUGCUAAUUCAAAAGUUGAUGCUAGUAAUAAUGUGAAUUAUAAGCUAGAUGUAGUUGAAGAUAAAACUAUUCAAGGUUUUGAGGAAGAACAUAAAUCAAUAAAAGAUGGAAAUGAAAUUCUUUAUUAUCACCCUAAUAAUGAACAGAAAAAUAUUGGCUCGAUUAACAGUAACAGCAGUAAUAGAAGCAGUAAUAACAAUAAUGAUAAUAAAUUUUAUCAUAAAGAUGAAAAUAAUAAGAAUCAUAAAAAUAUUGAUAAAUAUGAUGAAAUGAUAUACGACACUAUGAAUGAUGAAACAUUUACUGGGGAUACAAAUAUUAAUUCAGAUCAGGAUACAAUUUUGUUCGAUGAUGAUGGUAUUGGAACGAAUGUUGGUGGCAUUAUUAUAGGUAGUGGUGGCACCAGUGAUGACAGCAGUAUUGAAUUAAAUUCAGAUUUAGAAUUAGAUACAAAAUAUCCGGGUACUGUUAAACCUGAUGAUAAUGAUAAUAUUGAUAAUGAUGAUUAUGAUGAUAUUAGUAGAAAAAAUCGUUUAAAUUUGGUUAAAGGACGUGAUGUGGUUACAAAAUUUUUACAAAUUGUUGAAACUCAACAUUUACUUGGAGCAAAUUGUAAAGCUGGUACUGCAUUAAAUUUAGGAGAAGGUGUAGUGGAUCGAUAUGCACAGGAUAGAUUCCGUGUUGAAGCAGAGGUGGCUGUAAAUCGUGCAAAUAUGUUGACAAGAAUUUUUAAGAAUACCUCACCGGAAAUAAUGUCAUCGGAACCUCUCUUACAUGCAUCCGUUUUAUCAAUGGUUGCUUUCGAUGAUGAUAUAUUUGCGGCUGGUCAUUGUUUUGAUUGGGAUCAGCAUCCAUCGAAAUCAGGAUUAUUUUGUCCAUUUGCAUAUCGUUUACCACCACCAGAUCAAGGGGCAAUUUUAGCUAAAGACUUAGCUUUAGAAUAUCAUUAUUUAGGUAAUACAUCAGAGUGGUUUUUUCAAGCGAGAAAAAAUGCCGAAAAUGUUAUUGCUAGAAAUGAUCAGUUUAAUAAAGCUUUUCAUCUGUAUUCUAAUAGUACGGUACGCGAAGAAGAUGAAAUAUUGGCCGUAAAAUAUGAAGAUGGUAGAUGGUCAAAACCAUAUUAUGAUUGUGGUGGUGGUAACAUUUGGAUGUUAACGUAUACUGUACCUUUUUUUGGCUACGAUCACGAAAAUAUAACAUACUUUUUCAAGGGAACAUCUGGAAUUGAUAUUGACUUGAGACGUGUAGAUAUUGAUCAAUGCCCACAGAGAUACGUGCCUGGAACGACAACACCAUUAAAUAUUUUCGCAGGAACAGACAAGUGUAAACAACGUACAACAAUGUGCUUACCAAUUCCUGGAUUGGGAUUUCGUCGUGGCUCAUAUAAAUGUGUAUGUCGUAAAGGAUUUUAUUAUCCGGAUACAACUGCUUCGCAAAAAUAUUUUAAUGGAAGUGUUCUGGAAGAAGAAUAUGAAAAAUUAAUGCUGGGUGAUAACUCUACUUAUAGUAAACCAUUUACAUAUGAGUGUUUACCAUGUGCUGAAGGAUGCGAUUAUUGUGAGGAUGCUUCACCUUGUGUUGCUGCACUUAAUUGGCCUAUGAGGACUAGUAUACUUGUAUUAGCAUGUGCUGUUAUCGGAUUUUUACCGCCAGCAGCAUGGUUUACCUUCCGUUAUCAACAAGUAAAGGUUGUAAGAGCAGCUAGUCCAGCUUUGCUUAGAGUAAUUGCACUUGGAGCAUUUUUCAUAUAUUGUACGACUAUAGUUAUGUAUCCACAUCCGUCUUUGUAUACAUGCACCGCACGUGUGUGGUUGCGUGAAAUUGGUUUCUCUUUGACGUAUGGUGCUUUAAUGCUAAAAACAUGGAGAAUAUCAGUAAUAUUCCGGGUACGUUCAGCGAAAGCUGUUAAAAUCACAGAUGCUGCAUUAUUAAAAAGACUUGGAGUUAUAUGUGGUGUUAUUGGUGCAUGUUUAUUAGUAAGAACAAUAGUAUCACCACCAGAGGUCGUUGUUGGUCGUACAGCUGACGAUUUGAAAGCAUUCCUUUGCAAAACUGAUUGGUGGGAUUACACGUUUACAUCAAUGGAAGUAUUGUUUUUGGCAUGGGGUGUACGACUUUGUAUUAUGGUAAGGAAAGCUCCAUCAGAAUUCAACGAAAGCCGUUUCAUUUCUAUGGCAAUUUAUAAUGAAUUUUUGUUAACGUGCUUUUUAAACGUAUCCAUGUUAUUUUUGCAAUCGCCAGCGAAUCCAGAUUUAUUAUUCAUAAUAUUUUUCUGUCAUACUCAAUUAACAGUAACACUGUUGCUGGGUUUAAUAUUUGGAAGUAAAGUUUACAUUGUCUUACGGAGUGGUAAAUCACAAGAGGCUAUUGCAAUGGGUGGCAAACAAUCUGGAGCAAAGUUUAACUUUAGACCUCAAAUACGUACAUUUGCAAAUCCUAGCACUUCAACAUCAACAGCACAAAUGCAUACAGCUGAUACGAAACUGUCUGACCAAGAAGCUCUUGAAGAAAUUCGACAAUUAAGUUACCAAUUACAGCGCAUACAAGAAUCAGCACCACCAAAAGGAAUUGCUGUUAUGACAAUAUCAAGCCUUUUAGAUAGUCUACGCACAACAAGUCAACAAUUAAAUUUAGUUACUAAGUCGACUACUGCAUCCAAUACUGGUACGAAUGCAACUAAUAACAAUAUCGGUUCUUUAUCAAUAUUUGCCGUUAAUGAUAUACAGAAAUUUGCGCAAAAUAAUAAUAGCACACCAGCUGCAGCUACAGUAGGAAACACUCAGAAACAAGUAACUAUUAUUGAGAAAACAACAAAAACAAUUGCUGUAGAAAAAUCAAUCAAUACAUCAUUAACAGGUGAUGAGUUUUUAAAUAAAAUAAAUAGUGAGAAAACGGAUUCCGAACCAAUUUGUUCAAAUUGCGCUAAAACAAUUUCAAAAGUAUCUUCGUGUAAUCAAAUCGACUCACCAAGUAAUAAAAAUAUAUUAAGUUUUUCUAAUUUAAAAUUAGAAUGUAUGUGUUCAGAAUCUGUGGAUGAUUUCAAUGAACGCCAAGCUAUUUCAAUAUCAACAAAACAAUCACCUAUUAGAAAUAUCACCACAAAAAUUGAACAAAAUAAUCAAUUGUAUAAUUUUAAUUCUCCACAACCGCCCACCGCUAAAGUAACUGAACCAGCAGUUUCAUCAGUAUUAACUGUUCGUACAUCAUCAUCACUAAAAUUACAAAAAGAAUUAAAGUCACCCAUUAUUAGCACAUCAAGCAUUUAUAAACAAAAUUCAAAUAGUUUAAUGCAAUUACCGCAAUUGCAUUCAAUAAGUAAUCAACAGUCGCAGUUGUCAUCAAACAAUCAUCAACAUCAAAAAAAUAGUAAUCUCUAUCAGCAAACUGUUCCAAAAUCAUCAACAAUAAAUUCUAGUAAUUUAAAAACAUCGAAAACAAUUGAUGAAAUUUCGAUUAGUUUAACCAACGUUGCACAAAAAUUGGAAGCACAUUCAUUAAAAUUAGGUAAUAACAUUAAAGCCAACUCAAAAUGUGAUAAUCAAAAUAAAUUAAUUGAAACUUUUUUAAUAUGUGAUAAUUGUAAAAAAAAAUUGAUAAUUGUAAAUAAUGAAAAAAUUAUGUGUAAUAACAAUGAAUGUAGUGAGUUUAAUCGUAUCAUUAGUUUGCUAAAUGAAGAUCCUGAUAAUAGAAACCUAAGUACUACUAGUAAUAAAAUAAAAUCAAAAGUUAAAGAUUCAAGAUGUUGUAAUAAUAUUAAUAAUAAUAAUAGUAAUAAUAAUAGUAAUGGUAGUAAAAAUAACGGUAAUAGUGAUAAUAGUAGUAAUCUAAUAAAUAGUAAAAAAUGUGACAUCGAAUUAAAUAUAGUAGAUAGUGGUGAUAACACAACACAACAAUCAAUACCUAUACAAUAUGCUAAAAGAAAAUUAAGUAAAACAUUAAUUCACCAUGAUGAUGAUAUAUCAUUUCAUUCAACAGAUGAUAGCAGCUGUUAUGGUGAUGAUUGUACUGCCGAUGGUGGAAUAAGUGAAGGUAGUAUAUUAGCUAGUGCACAUUAUAAUGUUAAAAUAUCAGGAAAUGAUGAAAUUAAAGCAAAUAUAAUGGAUUCUGACAGUCCAAUAUUAUUACAUAUUAGUAAAUCACCACCACAAACUGGGAGCAUUGUAACACCAAGUUUUGAUGAUAAUGAUAGUGUUCAUAACAUAAAUUUAUGUGAUGAAAGUGGUAAAAGUAUAACAGGAAGUUGCAGUGGUAAUGAAGAAAAUAUUAUAACAGCAAGUAGUACAAGUAUAAGUAUACAUAGUAAAGAUCUUGCCGGUGAUUGUGCCGAUAAUGGUGCUGGGGGUUGUGGAGGUAGUAGUGGUGAUUGCAUAGCUAGUAGCAAUAACAGUAGUGUUAAAAAACGUAAAACUAAAAAUGACAAAUUAGUGCUAGAUUUAAAUGAUCGAACUAAAUAUACUAAAGAAGUUUCCGUAUGAAAAUAGCUAUAAAAAUUUGUUUUAUA